AUGGAAACAAGAAACACAAGAGAGAGGCCUCUUGAGCAGCUGGAUCUCCACGCACCUCUCAAAUCGGCGAGGCGUUCAUCCAGUUCAGCAGACACUAUCAGUAUGAGCUACUCCAAUUCAAUACGAGUUUAUUCCACCGAUGCAAGCCAGGGGGUCCCUUUUGUGUGGGAGAGCUCUCCCGGCGUGCCCAAGGAGGCAGGAAGGGCCGGGUUAAGCUCGAACGGAGACAACGGCCCUCUCCCCCCAAAGCCCCCACCUAGCCAAUGGCGUCCCUCGGGAGAAGAUAGUAAUGCCAAUGGAAAACACCAGGGUCAUGGUCAUGAUGAUGGCAACGAUAGCGACGUCGAUAAUUGCAGUGAUGGAACCGAGGAUGGAGAUGUUUUCUCGGACGCAUUGGAGGAGAUCUCUCUGUCCGAGUCAUUGGCCAUCGCACAUAGACUGAGCUCCUGCCAUAUCGAAGCAACGGUCGAUCGAGCACCCAGCUUCAUCAUGAACCGCUUUCUUCCAGCCGCCACUGCAUUAGCCAAUUCUUCUGCUACCACGACUCGUAAACAUUGUUAUCGGAGAGCUCCUCCUUCUUGCUCUCAUCAAUCACAGAGGGAGCCGACCAAGAUGCGAACCAGGCACCGGGCGCAUGAUGCUAGGCUUCAGGUGCCGUAUUUUCCGCAUGCAGAGGCUCGAACCGACGUACCUUCGAAGGCUUGUGGGUUAAUGUUCUUCUUUCCUUGGAGCCUGAAGCCCAUGGUUUGCGGGUUCAAGAGCCUAGGCAGAUGCCGAACCUCCAGAGCUAAUCUUAGUGCUUCCCCCCGGAAAACAAUGGAAGGCUUGAGUGAUGGACUGAGUUCUGACGUAGAAGAUGAUGGUGGUGGAUGUGACGACAAGCUAAGCAUCAAGGCUUGCCAUUCUCCAGGAUGGGGACUGCCUUUUCUAGACAUUAGUAGAUUGAGAAAAGGAGGACGGGGUGUUGAUAGGGGGAAAGCUAAGGAAAUCUGCGUUCCAGAACAAUUAGGAAGUAAGUGUGCCAGAAGCCAAAACAGAGCAGGUGGUGGUGGUGGUGCUUCAGAGCGCAAAAGAACGGUUUGGAGCCUUCCUCAGCUCCGAUCCCCUACCGAGUCCUGGCUUUCUAAUGUCCUGGACUCCAACAGCAGAUGA